AUGGCCUUGCAGAAACGCCGAUCGGACCUCACCCACCUUCGCAGCUCAGUAGUCGGCGCACGUGUCCAGGCCGCCAUCCAAUUCGAACAACAGCACUUGGCCACACUUCACGACUUCAAUUUCCACCGAGGCUCACUUGUUCUGAUGUGCAACACAGCCAUAGAAAAGGCGCUCAAUCAGAAGAUGCGCCUAUGGUAUUUAGGGCCUUUGCUAGUAAUUUCUAGGAAUCGGGGAGGAGCGUAUAUUCUGGCCGAACUCGACGGAUCGGUCUUUGAUUGGCUAAUUGCAGCAUUCCAUGUUAUUCCUUAUUUUGCUCGCAGGUCUCUGAAGCUCACCAAACUUAAAGCCCUCCUUGACAUCUCACAAGAACGCCUUUGGGCAAUGGAAGAAUCCCAAUCGAGCGACGAUGACGCUAAGGCCGAUGAUGCCGAUGAAGAGGAUACCGACACCAGCUCAGUCUGA